UGGCAAAGUGUUUACCUGUACAGGCACCAGAAAAUGGAAGAAUAAUUAUGACUGGUGGAUUUGAGCUAGGCCGAGAAUAUUCCUUUGGCCAGGUUGUGAAUUUUGAAUGUAAUGCAAAAUACAGGCUUGUUGGAUCUGAAGAAAUAAUUUGCUCUUCUAAUGGAAAAUGGAAUAGUGAUGUGCCUCAGUGCCAAGAGAUUAUCUGUGAUGUGCCAAAAAUUCUGCACGGAUAUGUACGUUCUCCAAAGGGCUCUUACAAGGAAUCUGAACAACUACAGUUUGCCUGUGAUGAAGGAUACAGAUACGGUGAAAGAGCAGGUGUACAAUGUACUGAAUCAGGAUGGAAUCCAACCCCCUAUUGCACUGAAAUUGUAUGCUUUCCUCCAAGAAUUCCUAAUGGGAACUUCAGACCUCAAGAAGACAACUACAUAGUAGGUGAUAUAAUCACAAUACAAUGUAAUCCUGGAUAUCAUUUCAAAACAUUGACUGGCAAGAACACAGCUGAAUGCACCAAGAAUGGCUGGGUGCCUGAUCCAGGUUGUGUCCAGAAACCGUGUGACUACCCAGCUAUAGAAAAUGGCAAGUUAAGUGGCACACUGGAGUACUACAAAAACUAUUACUUUCCAAUGAGGUUUGGGCAGCAUGCUGAUUACCACUGCAAUGAUGGUUACUCAACCCCAAGUGGAGCAUACUGGGUUCGAAUGGUCUGUUCUGAAAGGGGCUGGUCUCCAGAGCCAAAAUGCCUCAAAAAAUGUCACAUCAGACAGCUGGAAAAUGGUUAUUUCUCACAGAGCCAGAAGAAUGUUUACAAGGAAGGUGAAAGAGCUAAAUAUGUCUGCAACGAUGACUAUCAUACUGAACAUGAAGAUGGGGAAGUCACGUGCACAAAGGAUGACUGGUCACCUCCUCCAAGAUGUAUCCGUAAAAAAAAAUGCCAGAAUAUCAAUUUUGACAAUGGUUAUUUCACCUUGGGAAAGAAAACAUUUCAUUUACAGGAGAAGGUCAUCUAUAGUUGUCGUACUGGCUUUGUAACUCCAGAAGGACAAGAAAGAGGAGUGAUACAGUGUCAAGAGAAUGGCUGGACUCCAGCUCCAAAGUGCAUCAAAUCAUGUAAAACACCUCAUUUGGACAUUUUGAAUUACCACGCAAAUAAAACUAUGUUCAUGCCUGAAGAUACAAUUGAGUAUGCGUGUUUGGAGGGAUAUCAAACUGCAAAUAAUAUGCCAACUGGCACCACAAGGUGUGGCAUAAAUGGUGAAUGGAGUCCAACGCCUGAGUGCCUUGCCAUAGAAUGUGAAAUGCUGACAUUGCCCAAUGGAGACUUUUCUCCUAAAGAGGGUAAAUAUCACAAUGGAGAUGUUGUGAAAUUUACCUGUGCAAACAACUACAUGAGAGUGGGACCUGCCUCUACUCAAUGCUAUUACUUUGGAUGGUUUCCAUCACCACCAGUGUGUAAAGUGAAAGCCAGAGGCUGUGGACCUCCACCUGAGAUUACCAAUGGAAGUAUUGCUGGUGACUCUAUGGAACGGUAUCGGCAUGGGGACAGAAAGCAAUAUGAAUGCAACAUCGAAUUUAAAUUGGUUGGAUCAAAGGAAGUAGAAUGUGUUGAUGGACAAUGGUCAUCUCCUCCCUCUUGCAUUGAAGACAAAAUGCCAUGUGGAUCACCGUCCUCUAUUCCGAAUGUUGUUCUUCAUCAGGAAGACCAGACCCAGUUUUCGCAUGGUGAUGAAGUAAUUUAUAGAUGUAAACAAGGCUCUGGCAAUUCUAAGGAAAUGAAAACAAAAUGUCUUAAUGGGGAAUGGAAGACUUUACCCCUUUGUGCCG